CUGGUUGGGCGAACGCGAUGGAGAACCGCCAGUGGUACCCGCAGCAAUAACAGUUUGAUGGUCUCGAAAGGAACGUGUGGAACCCGCGCGCAUGGAACAGGCCGAAAGUUGGAGUGUGUGAGUGUGCUGAGAACGCGUCAUCCUCUCAAUUUGGAUUCGGUUCAAUUUUCAAUAGAUUUUCUCCGUGAGUGCCUUUAUUUUCCGUGAAAUGGAACGGAGGUCUUAUGGUUUCUUUACAAAAAGAUCGCAACACUACGACAACCUGCAGCAAGCGGCCGACAAUCAGAAGCAACCGUUAAAAGACACGACAAACACGAGUAUUCAAGCUGCUAAGCAGAAGAACUUAAAUAACAACGAAGAGGAUCGUGCCAACCAGGAACCAGAGUCUACGCAAGAAGCUAAGCCUGAAGGAAGCAGCGGAGGCGGCGGUACUCAGACCCAAGAGGGAUCGCGCUCUUUGCAGUGCUUGGAGACUUUGGCACAGAAGGCGGGCAUCUACGAUAUUACAGCAGAGGACUGUAAAUAUGAUAUAGCCCACACUCUGCUAAAUCUCGAAAGAGGUCACGAUACGGUGAAGCAUCAAGAUUUAAAGCAGGAAGUGUAUAGCGGAAGCAUGGCGGAUAUUAAUAAAGGACAACAAAUGGUCGAGGCUCAGGCCCAGCAACAACAAGCGCAGCAGCAGCAACAGCAACAACAACCACAGCAGCAGCAACAACAACAAGUUGUUCAGCAGCAAGUGGUGCAGCAGCAACAAAUGCAGCAGGUCACAAUGACACAAGCUGAUCAGCAGCAGGCUUUAGUUCCUGCACAGAGCCCUCAGCACAUACAACAAAUCGCCGUUGCCUCCUCAGGAGGACAAUGUGUGCAAACAUCUAUGGGCCCACCUCACUAUACAGUAUCGAUGCACCAACAAGUUGCAGCUCAAGGAGGGCAAGUGAUUCAAACACAAGGAGGUCAACUUUUGGCAACAGGCUCUAAUAACACAACUAUUACUACAAUGUCUCCGUUGCAACAAGCGCAAGCUGCACAUACCCAGCAAAUGGAUUGGAGUCAUGGCCGAGUUCAGGUCAUCCAGCAACCCCUCCAGAAUCAAGCAUAUUUGCAACAACUAUAUAAUGCACAAGGACCAUUGCUGAUGCCCGGAAACAUCUCGCUCCAUCCCAGUAUCAACCCUCAACAGAUACAAGUUAUCACCAAACCCUUCCAAGGAAACCAAUUAGGCCAACAUAUGAUUACACAAGGAAAGCAAGUACUGCAGGCUAGCCAAGGUGCAACGUUUCCGGGUUACACAACAAUACCGACCACGCAAAACCAACAAACUUUAGUAUUCAGCCAAUUGGCAAUCGGCUCCCAGCCCAACAUAAUCCCCACGCAUUCGGCGCCCGGAAAUUCCGCGGUAGCCCAACAGAAGCCGCAGGAAAUGCAUAAAGUGAUGCAAGGGCAAAAGGUACAAAUGCAAAAGGUCACAGGAAACGUGCAAACAGUUGCAGGUGCCCAGCAGCAACAGGGUCAGUGCGUCCAGGUUUCCCAGGCCAUGAUCGGAUCGCAGCCUACAGCUCAAAUCAUCAGUCCAUUACAGAAUGGUCAGCCAAUGCAGUUCACUCCGUGGCAAUUCACAAACGGAAUACCUCAAGUAUGGACAACAAACGGUCUUCAGUCGCAAGCCCUGAUUGCUCCAAAUCCGAUAUUUAUUCGUGGGACGCAGGCCGAUGGUUCCCAAGGGAUGUUCAUCCAACAAAGUCCGCAAGCGGCGACAAUUCAAACUCAACAGAACCAACCCACAAUAACCGCCCAAGGAACUAUCCAGCAGUUGGGAAAACCACGACCAGCCAACGAGAAUAUUCAACCAAAGCAGGCGACGAGCAGACCUCUGAAUAUAUUACCUUCAAGCACACAAAAUAUAAGACCGGCAAGUUCUGUUUCUACGCAAACUAUUGGGGCGCAAACACAAUUGGUACUAAAUUCUUUGCAGGUCAUGGGGGCGAAAACAGGGGCUAAGGUGAGACCUAAAGCACCCGGAAUCCGUACUUCGCCUGCUCCCAAAGCAGACGCGGCGAAUCAAACUCAAAUCAAACCGUAUAAUAACAUGCAACAGCACCAAAUAGUUCAAAAUAAGAUGUUAGUAAUGAAUACAUCAACGGGCAUAUCCAUGACUCCCGGAUCACCAAUGACGGUGGAAAAGGCGCAACAAAUUGCUAAUCAAAAUAAGCAAGUGCAACAGGGACAGCAACAACAGCAGCAGCAACAAGUUAUGAUGCAAUCAUCGAUUCAGCAGCAAAACGCUUUGCAGCAAAUGCAAUUUCAGGCGCAGGCUGGUCAACAACAUAUUCAACCAAAACCCAUGAUGACGAUGCAAACUAUACAAGGUAUCCCACACCAAUCGAUGCAAAUGCAAGGGGAUAGACCGAUCAUGCCUGUAGUAUCGAUGUCUGCUCAAGGACAAAACGGACAAGUCCAACAGGCGAUGCAACAAACCAUCCAAGGGUUAUCUUUACAAUCCAAUUUAGCUGUAACCCAACAACCAAUGCAAAUGGGUAUCCAACAAAUACAUCCGCAAUUGCAACAGAUGACGCAACAAGGGACAAUAAUUGGGCAAAUUCAAGCAGCGCAGGGAACCAUGUCACAAGUUAAUACUAGUAACAAUCAAAUGCAAGCCCUUACUCAAGGCAACCAACAGACAAUAACUUUAACGACAGCUCAGCAAGUUCCACUGCCAGCAAAUAUUCCAUCCGUGAAGAGCGAGUUAGUUGGAGAAAGUGGUAUUGCUGCAGAUAGCCCAUCAGGAAUAGUAGAAAUUCCAAAAGAAAACGGAGAGAUCAAAGAAUUGCAAUCAAUGGAAGUCAAACCGAUUAUAAAUGGUGUGGAACAGAAUCCUACUGCCACGGUACAACCGACGCCAAUUCCGGGAACCAUGACAUCCGUACCGGUCACAACAACGACAGAGAACGGUUUACCUUUGGCCGUAACCGCGGAAGAAGUUAAAGAACGUUGUCCACCAAAAGCGAUGGUUAAACCACAAGUUUUAACGCACGUAAUCGAGGAUUUCGUAAUUCAAGAAUCGUCUGAACCGUUCCCAAUAACGAGAAGCUCACUGUUGGGCGAUUACAAACAUCCAAAUUCUGAUAAAGAACACCCAGAUGAGCCUCCACGCAAGAAACUCGCUGCUUCACCUAAUAAUGUGAUGAGCAUGAGUCCGAAAGGCGAAUUAGCGAAGUGCGAAUCUUGUGGUAUAGUUGAUAUCCGAGCCAAAUUCAAGAAAAACAAACGCUUCUGUUCCAUAUCCUGCUCGAAAUCACAAAAGAUUAAAGAUGGUAAAAAGAAAUGGGACAAAGACGAACAGAUGGAAGUUGAUGUUGAAUCUAAUUCAGGUGCUGAAAGUAGUUUAAGUCCCACGGAAUCUUCACAGGUUGAAGACACCACGCCAAAGGUGGAUCCACUGAAAUGGACGGUCCAAGAGGUUUGCGAUUUCAUCAAGAACCUUCCCGGAUGUUCUGAUUAUGCAGAAGACUUCCUCAUUCAAGAGAUUGACGGCCAGGCGUUAAUGCUUCUCAAAGAGGAUCAUUUGAUGACUGCUAUGGCAAUGAAGCUGGGACCAGCUUUGAAGAUUGUCGCGAAAAUAGACGAUAUGCGUGUAGACAAAGAACCUCCCCCCAAACAAAACUAAACGAAAAGUAAAAAGAAAACUUUUGUGAUAU